AUGGAAGAAUCCACUACGGCUUUGACACCCACUAUUCUUUCUUCUAUGAAACGUUCUGAACUUCAAAAACUUUGUAGGAAGUAUGGAAUUAAGGCUAACGGAAAGAAUAUAGACCUUAAGAAAAAAUUGCAGCAAUAUGCAUUAAAUUCUGAAAGAAGUGAUAGUGAAAUGGAAGAUAUAUUGAUGACAGACGUUGACCAGGUUUCUGACUUAGAUCAAUCAUCACGACGAAACCAUAAUUUAUCAGAGCCCGUUACUCCCCAAACACCAAGCGCGAUUCCAUUGGAACAACAAAACAAAAUUAGAUCUCUAGUCGAAGAAACUCCAUCAAAAGUAAAGUCAACUUAUCAGAAUGAAAUUAAAGGAAUCGAAGCUGUAAUUGAUAUCCAUGACUAUAAAACGCCCAUCACAUCCUCAAGUAAAUCUCCUACUACAAAACACUUGAUUUCGACUAAUGCUCCAGAACCAUGUCUUUCUCUCAUCCUUUAUAAUAAACCUAUAUUCCCUAAUUUUGUUAAGGAACAAGAGGAUAACGCGUUCGUAUCAAAGAAGGAAAGUGUAAAUACUCAACAAUUAGUUACUGAUACUAAUAACGUAACUGAUACUAGUAACGUAAUGAGUGAUGGCACCUUAGAAAUCGCAGAAAAGCAAAAUACUGAGCAAUUGACUUUAGAUGGGAAGAACUGUUCGAAUACAACAAUUUUCCAUCCUCCAAGUCCUGUCAUUGAGACGAUGGCGAUAGAUCAUACAUUUUCUACUUCCAUUAUGAAUACAGAAAUUAAUAUCUUUACUUCUCCAUUAAACCGUUCUAGCGAUUUGACACCAACUGUACCUCAUACUCCUCCUGCGAAACAUACCCGAUCAGUAGAGACAGAGCGAGCGUCUACAAAUCUUAUGGCACGUCUCAUUGCUACUCCAAUUCGAAAAUCUGGAGCUCAUGCAAUUUCUUUGGCAGCAAAUCAUGUGCCAAUACAUACUCCUAAAACUGAAGCUGGGCCUGCACUUGAUAAAAAUUCACCAUUUGUCACAACGGAAACUAAAAUGAAAUUUGAAUCUAUGUUACAUAACGCAUUUUCAAUUCAAGAGUGUGAUGAAGAUAUCUUUUCAAUUAAAGAAUGUGAUGAAGAUAUCAAUAAUCAAGGAGAUCCAAUGGAGAUUUGUGAUGAACGACCAAAAUGCACAGAGGUUGUAGAUGAGACUGUAAAUGAUGAGACUAUAGAUGUCCCAUUAGUAAACGGUGUAAAUACUGUUAAUAUUACUGCUUCCGUUUACGAAGAAAUGGAAAAGCGGGUUGAUCAAUUAAGAGCUUUACCAUCUCCUGAACGUAAGAAGAUUUUAGAAACAGUUGACGUAAUAACCGAAAUUCCUAUAACAACUCCUUUUAAAAAUGAUAACGAGGCAUCUUUGGUUAAGCCAACUCCUUCAUCAAUUAACCGUUUCGCUCAACUUCAUGAGAAAGUAUUUUCUAAGAUGCCAUCAAUUGCGACACAUUAUGCCGCUCAAAAAACAACUACUGUUGAGGAAAACCUAAACGAAGUUAAUAAGAAGCGUAAAAUUCCAGAAAUUGUGCAUUCCCCACUCAAGAAACAAAAAUUGGUUACCAAACCAGUUAUGAAAAAGACAUAUGAUAAAAAUAGAACAAUGAUUAAUAAUCGAUCCUCGAUGCGUCUUACUUCGACAAAAGGAAAAAGUGUUAAUCAAACCGAAGUUCAAUCGAACACAAGAUCGAUUCGAACUUCCUCUAGGUUAGAAGCACAAAAGAGUCUCAAGAAAACGUCGAGCUAUACAUCUCAUAAAGGACCAGUUAAAUCCAUUAUCACAAACUAUGACGAGCAAAAAAUGAAAGAACGCGAAGAAUUCGAAAGGCGUAAGCAAGCUGCGAGAAAUGUUGCUCAACCUGUCUUGGAAAAAAUGAAGAAUCGAAGGAAGACAAAAGAGAACGUUGAAAAAGUAGUACAAAAUAUUCAAGGCGUGGUUUCCGAUAAAGUUGAAAAGAAAUCAUCUUCAUUACCCAAAAAAGUUACCACUUUAGGACUUAGACAACAGAGUCAAAAGAAACCAUAA